CGGGACUCCGCAGCUCCAGGGUAGGUAGAUUCAGCCGGUUCCGCGUGGACGAAGGGUCCGAGAUAUUUGCAGAAACAUGAAACUAAAGCGCAUUUGGAAAACUCACCCACGUCUGUCAUGACUGAAGACCAACACGUUUAGGGGGAGAUGGAAGGACACGAAGGGGAGAGACUGUGUGGGAAGUGGAGGGUCGCCUGCGGUUUGUACAGCUACAACCUGAGAGACGUCUUCACGUGGCACCUGCUGAAGACUGUGGUCAUGGGCCAGGUCCUGUCGCUGCUCAUCUGUGGGACGGCGGUGAGCUGUCAGUACCUGGUCGACGCCAAAGUGGAGACGCCAAUGCUGCAGAGUUUCCUCAACUACGCCCUGCUGCUGCUCUUCUACACCACCAUCCUCGUGGCGCGCAAAGGUGAAAGAAACAUCGUGCAGAUUUUGAAAACCAAGUGGUGGAAGUAUUUGGUGAUGGGUCUGGCAGAUGUGCAGGCGAACUACGCCGUGGUGAAGGCCUACCAGUUCACCACGCUGACCAGUAUCCAGCUGCUCGACUGCUUCGUGAUCCCGGUGCUGAUGCUUCUCUCCUGGUUCUUCCUGAAAACCCGCUACCGGCCGGUCCACUUUGUGGCCGUUACGGUGUGUCUGCUGGGGGUGGGGGCCAUGGUGGGGGCCGACAUUCUGGCCGGAAGAGACCAGGGGUCCACCAGUGAUGUUGUGCUGGGCGACGGUCUGGUUCUGCUCAGUGCCGGACUCUACGCUGUGUCCAACGUGUGCCAAGAGCACACGGUGAAGAACCGGAGCCGAGUGGAGUUCCUGGGCAUGAUGGGCCUGUUCGGGACGCUCAUCAGCGGCAUCCAGCUAGUCGCUCUGGAAACUUCUGCGGUAGCAGCAAUAAAGUGGGACGUUCGUAUCUCCACGCUGUUCGCAGUCUACGCCCUGUGCAUGUACGCCCUGUACAGCUUCAUGCCCGUGGUGGUGAAGAUGACCAGCGCGACGGCGGUCAACCUCUCGCUGCUCACCGCAGACCUCUUCAGCCUCUUCUGCGGCCUCUUCCUCUUCCACUACAAAUUCUCAGCGCUGUACAUCAUCUCGUUUGUCGUCAUCACCGUGGGUUUCAUCAUGUUCAACACGGUUCCCACGUACACGGCUUUACCCGAGGGCGAGCCUGCUGACGAUUGUCCGGCCGAGAGCCCGUCGGACCGGCUGCUGCCGGCAGACGGAGACGCCCCGAGAUCCGAGACGCUCACCGCCGUCGCCGCACUAUGACGUUUCCUCUGUAAGACGAGAGCCGCCCGACUGCAACACUCAGACGUGUGUCUGAGAGAAGAGAAGAUUAUUUUGUUCCAUUAUACAGAGGGUCAAAACUCAGUUUUAACGUUAACUCCAUUUUAUUUUAUUUAUCCAGAAACUUCACCGGUUGUUUGUUUUUUUUAAGUAUGAAGAGAAAUGCAGUUGUCAGACAUCGUUAUGUAUUUUCUGUGGCAGUCAGCAAUUUGCAUUGACGCAUUUUGAAUUCUUAUUUACAAGUUACUGCACUUGAACCACAAACAGAUCAGUUACUUGUCUCCUAAACAUUUUUUAAAUAUUAAUAUAUUUCAUAUUUUUAAAAAGUUCCUCAGCUGGGCUGUUACAUUCCUCUUAGUUGUGUUGUUGUUUUUGAAUUUGAACUCAAACCACUUUUACAAAGUUUUACUUUACUUUACAGUUUUCAGUCUUGUGUACUGUAGAGUCACAUGGAUUUAUUUUUUUUGCUUUGUGUUGCCACUAAACACUGGAGUAUGUCAGCAUGAUAGUUUUACUUUUGUUUUUACUAAUAAAUCCAUUUUUUAUAUUG